CGCACGUGUCCCGGUCGGGCUCUGCUGCUUUUUGUUCCCGGACGGGCCGUGGGGCGCGCGGGGCUCGGAGCGGGGCCUGAUUGGCCGGGAGUCGGGCGGGGCUGACUGCGCGGGAGGGCUGCGACCGGCCAGGCAGGCUGCCCCCAGGAUCCUGCGGCUUGUGGCUCGGCGGUGUCGGCUCCUCAGCGCAGGGCCCAGCUGGUGGCGGGAGAUGCCCAAACGGGGGAAGAAGGCAGAGGAUGUGGACAGCGCGGACGAGCUCGAGGCCACAGAGCCCGAGGCAAAGAAGAACAAGAAGGGGGCUGCCAAGGGCCCAAAGGAGAAGGUGGCAGAGAACCCCAUCCUGUACCAUGAUCCGCCCAACAAACUCACUUCCCCCGGUGGGCAGAAGUACACCCUGAAGGUCACGUCGUGGAAUGUGGACGGGCUCCGGGCCUGGGUCAAGAAGAAGGGGCUGGAGUGGGUGCGUGAGGAGGACCCCGACGUGCUGUGCCUGCAGGAGACCAAGUGUGCAGAGAAGCUGCUGCCCCCCGAGAUGCGGGAGAUGCCGAGUACCCCACAAGUACUGGCCUGCGCUGGCGCCAAGGAGGGCUACAGUGGGGUGGCUCUGCUCUGCAAGACUGAGCCACUCAGCAUCACCUACGGCAUCGGUGAGGAGCAGCACGACCAGGAGGGCCGGGUGAUCACGGCCGAAUUCCCCUCGCACUUCCUGGUGACGGCCUAUGUGCCCAACGCGGGCCGGGGGCUGGUGCGGCUGGAGUACCGCCAGCGCUGGGAUGCUGCCUUCCGGGCCGACCUGCGCGGGCUGGAUGCUCGCAGCCCCUGGUGUUGUGCGGGGGACCUCAACGUGGCCCACGCUGAGAUCGACCUGAAGAACCCCAAGGGCAACAAGAAGUCGGCGGGCUUCACGCCCGAGGAGCGCCAGGGCUUUGGGGAGCUGCUGGCGGCCGGCUUCACUGACACCUUCCGCCACCUCUACCCCGAUACGCCCCACGCCUACACCUUCUGGACUUACAUGAUGAAUGCUCGCGCCAAGAACGUGGGCUGGCGCCUCGACUACUUCCUGGUCUCGACACGCCUGCUGGAGGCGCUGUGCGACAGCAAGAUCCGCUCCCAGGCCAUGGGCAGUGACCACUGCCCCAUCACUCUCUACAUGGCCCUGUGAGCGGGGUGGGGGGGGGCCAUACAGCCCGAUAUGGUCCCAACACCCCUGUACGGCCCUGGGAGCAGGGUGGCCUAUGCUAUGGCCGUGACACUCAUGUAGCCAUGUGAGCAGCAUGGGGGAGGGUGGGCCAUACAGCCUGAUAUGGCUCUGAGAGUCCAUAUGGCCCUGGGAUGGGGAGGUUGCACCAUACAGCCUACUAAGGUCCUUAUGGCCCUAUAUGGCUCUGCACGGGGAGGCCAUAAGGCCUGAACACUCCUGUAUAGCCCUGUGAGCGAGGGUUGAGGCCAUACAGCUAGGUAUGGGCUCAACACCCCCUCUAUAGCUGUGGGAGUGGGCCCAUACACCUCUCUAUGGCCCUGCAUGAGGUGGGGGGGAUCUGCCCCCUCUCUC